CUCAGCAGGAUAUUGAUCAAUUUUAUUUUAACCUAAUUGAUCUACAAGCUUAGAAAAUAUUAACUAAUUGCCAGACCCGCAAAAGCAAACUAAGAUAUCAGGAAUAAACUUUGGAGUAGACACAGCUGGGCGAAUAUUACCGGCCAGAAUCUUAAAAGGAUGGAGAAAAAAAGACACCUCCAUGGCUUUUUUAGGUGGUACAUUUAUGCCUUGCAUGGAUAUGUAUGUGAAAUCAUGUUCACCGCUGCAUGGGAUUUCUAUCACACUUACAGCUGGAAACUGAUCGGCAUCAGCAGCGUUUGGGCUUUUUUCAUAUACGGAACAGCAAUUUUCAUCAUGGAAAAAAUGUUCAUUUUCCUCAGGACAAGAUGCAAUCUAGUCUUAAGAUGUUUAAUAUAUACUCUAUGGACAUAUGCAUGGGAAUUCUCGACAGGGUAUUUUUUGAGAAGCUUUAAUUCCUGCCCUUGGGACUAUUCCCAUUUCCCCGGAAAUAUCAUGGGCCUUAUUACUCUGGAAUAUGCAGUACCAUGGUUCUUUGCCUGUAUGAUAGCAGAAGCGAUAGUAAUCAAAAACACGCUACGUCUGCAAUUUCCCAAGCAAGAAAUUCAGAAAAAACACAAAGCAUGCUAACAACAUUAAAAUCCAACAAAAAAACACAGUAUCUAAUUACUGAUACCUAUAUGUAUAUACUAUGAUGCUACAUAACA